GGAAACAGUGCUGAACCAUGAAGCUUUUGACAUUUAUAGCUGCAGCUGUGUUGACAGCGUCGGCCGAUUUCCAAAGCUAUAACCAGGGAGGGCAUGGUUUUGGAGGAGGGGGCUCGGGAUCAGGCUUUGGAGGAGGUUCAGGCUCAGGGUUUGGAAUAAGCUCAGGUUUUGGAGGAGGUUCUAGUUCAGGAUUUGGAGGAGGAUCAGGUUCAGGAUUUGGAGGAGGUUCAAGUUCAGGGUUUGGAGGAGGUUCAGGGUUUAGUUUUGGAGGAGGUGGAGGAGGAGGUUCAGGCUCAGGUUUUAUCUCGGGAGGAUGCGGCCCUGGACAAGUGUUCCAUGCCGGUAGAUGUGUCACUCCACGUGAGAACCGCAAAGUCUUCUUGUACAACGCACCACCCGCACCACCAGUUCCCCAUGGACCUCCACCGUACAUCCCUGAGCCAACCAUUGACACGAAUAUCGUGUUCAUCCAAACACCCGAAGAAGGUCCAGGACCAGACCCCAUUGUCAUACCUCCACCACAACAGCGAAGCGUCGUCUAUGUUCUCAACAGACAGACGCCAGAGCAACAGGAUGUGAUCGAAGUCCCAGCACCGCCAGCAACCAGUCCUGAGGUUUACUUCGUGAACUACGCAGACGGCGAGAACCCAGUUCUUCCCAGCGGUGUGGAUCUUCAGACUGCCUUGAAUGCAGCUUCCCAGGGAGGCGGUCAAGUGAUUGGAGGAGGCGCUGGAGGUGGUUUCGGUGUUGGGGGAGGAUUUGGAGGCAGCGGAGGAGGUAUUAGUUUUGGAGGCAGUGGAGUUGGAGGUGGAUUCGGAGGCAGUGGAGGAAGCGGUGGAUUUGGAGGCAGUGGAGUUGGAGGUGGAUUUGGAGGUAGUGGAGGAAGCGGUGGUUUUGGAGGCAGUGGAGUUGGAGGUGGAUUUGGAGUAAGUGGAGGAAGCGGUGGUUUUGGAGGGUUCGGAAGUGGGGAUAGCGGAGAAUUUAUUGUCAGUGGAGGUGGAGGUGGAGGUGGUUUCAGUAGUGCAGGUGGAUUAAGUGGAGGCUCACCUUCCACUGUUUAUACAGCACCAUAAAUCAACACCUUCAGGUACUCCAUAUGCUUUAUUUUUCCUCUAAUAGUAUACAGCAUUCCAAAGUUUGUUUUUUAUUAUGUUGUAAAUGUUAAAACCUGAAAUACAUGUGAAAAUUGUUUUAAUAAAAAUCAAAAGUAU